AUGGGCAAGAAGAAAGCGCCGUUGAAGAAAUCCAUCAGCGAGAACUUGAAUGUCACCGAUGCGCUUACACAGAAUGAAAGUAAAACAAAAGUGCCACUGGAAGACACGUCUGCAUUGCAACUGCAAAUUGAUCAAAUGCGAGAGCUGAAUAUAAUAAGAAACUCGAAGCAUUACGUCAAGAAAACUUCAACUCACGGAGGAACUUCACACAUCUCGCUCUUUAAGCUGAAGAGUUAUAAGUCAUCGUCUGAAGAAUUGGUCAAGGAUCACAAGAAGAUGAAGAGUGAGGAGUUAGAAGAGCAUGGAAUGAAAUGUGAUUGUACAUCGACUGAAUUUCAACGUAUAAUGAGCUAUAACAAGCAAUCAGUUGCCCUGAUUGCCUCAUUAGCAGCUGAAAUUCCAGAGUUUAGAAUGAAAAGAGACAGAAUCGUCGAUAACGCUAAAAGAUACUUAGCAUUAGACGAGGAGAUUUACAACAAUCUCACGAACACUUGUAUAGCUGCAAGUGAAGCUGUGGGAAGAGGAGAUGAAGAAGAACAGUCAGUCAUAGAGAUCCUGUUCGAUGAACUCGUUGGAAAGGAUGGCAUGGCAGACUACGCUACUCCUGGUGGUGAAGAUUCUGAUGGCAACAGCGCCGCUGUGGAGUGGACUACUGCUUCCUCAUCUGAGCCAUGGGGCAACGAAGCUGAUUCGAAACCUAAAGUAGCUAGUCUUCAGAAGCGACAGCAGGAAUUGAAUGAACUGCUUAUUUCCGAAAGGAAUAACUACGAGGAGAAGUUGAGCUGUUUGCGAUCAGUAAUGGAAGAAGAGAAAGAGAGAAGGGAUGCACUGCAAUCGUCGCUAGAUGAGCUGAAUAAGAAACAUUCAGAAGUGCUGGCGGAGCUGCAACGGAUGGAAGGCAUGUACAGCGGCAUCGUUGAAGAACUCGACCGUUUGGAGAAGAAGUUAGAAGAGCUCAAUAUGGUCGCAGAUGAGAUCGCCGUUCUGCGAGAGCGAUUAGCGGCAGUAGACUCUGAACUAAGCGAAUCUACAGAGUUAAACAGCCCAGUCUACAUUCAAAAUAGCGGAAUUAUGCUACUUGAUAAUGAGAUCACUGAUGAUAUUUCAGAAAGCAGACAUUCUGGGAUGAGUGAAGAGCUAUCUCUGAAAACGCAGCGUAUUUCUGAAUUAGAGGAAGCUAUCCGCGUUGUAGAAAGCAGUUCAUCGAAGGCUCAAGAGCAGUUGGCAAUGGAAAUAGCUAACCUCAAAGAAGAACUGACUGAGUCGAAAGCUCUCGCUGAUAAACUUUCUUGCGAGCUAGGAGGUGAAAUCUCCUCUUCUGAAGAAAACUUGAAGCAGGCGACAGAGGAACGAGAUCGUUUGGUCGAUGAAUUGAGCAAGGCGAAAGGACAGCUGCGCGAACUUGAGCAUGAUUUAUCAGACGCUCUGGAGCGUUGCGAGGUCCUGACCGAAAAUUUCACGGCAGAAAAGAAGAAGCUCAAAGAUGAGUUGGAGAAUGCUAAGAAAUCUGAGGAAAAUUUGGUAAAGGAAUUGUGGAAGGCUGAAGAAGAACGCGCCGCUAAAAGUGCAAUUCAUGAUCAAGUGCAAGAGAAAAUGACGACGUUGUUCAAUGAGUCGCAAGCUCUGUCGCUGAAAUUGGUCGAAGUGAAAGCUCAAAACGAAGAGCUACUAAAGGGAAGGGAAUUGGCGGACGAGCAAAGCAAAAUGCUGCGAAAUGAAGCGCGAUUAGUCAGGGAUGAGCUAGUAGUUGCGUGUGGUCAGCGAGAUGAACUUCUCAGGAAAGUCUCCGAUUUGGAUGCGGCUAAUAAGGAACUACAUGAUCGUUUGCUUGCAUUGGCGUCCAUUGAGGAACGUUGCUCCAGUCUUGAGGCCGUUCUAGAAAAGUCACAGAGGUGUGCUGAUGAAGCAGAUGCUCUUAGAGAGCAGCUGGUUUCUAAGGAUGGUGACAUCGAUAUAUUACGGGAAAGAACGCAGAUGAUGGAGGAUGAAUUGUUAGUCGCAGGAGCUGAAGCAGAAAAAUUACGCGAGGAAGUCGAGUCCCUCACGCAAGCAGUUAGUGCUCGCGAUUCGUCUCUUGCUAGAUGCGAAGCCGAGCUUGUCCAUCUUCAGUUACAAUUGAGAGAGCGACAAGAACGAGAGAACGUCACGCAUCUACAGUCAUCAGUUGAGCUCAAGAGAAGCGAAGAGACGAUCAGCCAUCUGCGUGACGACAAUGUUCGUUUAGAGCGUGAACUGUUUAUAGCUCAUGAGCAGCUUGAAUGUGCCAAAGUUCUUUCCAGAUUGGUGGAAGAAUUGGAGCGUGCUCUAUUUGAAAAGGAACAAACUAUAAUAAUGGCAGGAGAAGGUCGAGAAGCUGCGGCUCGCGUCAUCGCGCUGGAAAGAAACAUCACAAAGCUGAAGUCAGAAUAUGACGAGAAGAUGAAACAGGCUGUAGAGGACCUAGAUUCAAGUGAGCAACGACUUCGACAUUUGAAAGAUGUCGCAGAACAAGCAUGUACGCAACGAGAUGAUUCUGUCAGAAAAGACCGCAUGGAACCGAGUUGGAAUUGGAUUGAGAGCACCCGUUCAAGCUAUAAAAGUGAUUACCUUUAUCUCCCAUAUUGUGACGUGAAGAAGUUUGGAACGUUCAUGUUCUGCUCGAGAUUUCUUUUCCGCUAUUUUCAGAUGGAGUCGUUGCGGAAGCGAUUAGAACUGGCUGUUCAAGAAAUAGAAAGUCUUACUCGUUCCAACGAAGAAGUACGUCACUUGGAAGCUGCACUCGAAAAGAGUCGGAAUGAAAAAUCUACGCUAUACGAUGAGCUGUCUUCACAACGAACAAUGCUCGACCGUGUUUUGGCAGAGAAAGAUGCUCUUCUGGCACAAUUGACAGCUCUCAAUGGACAGCUUGACGAACGAACAAACCGGCUACGUCAGGCGGGUGAGGCUAAGAUGGACACGACCCUUCGAAUAGUAGAACUGGAGUCGCAGAUCACUGCUCUUUUACGUGAAAGGGAUACAAUUGUUGAGCAAGAUCCGGAUAAACCAUCAUGUAGUGGGCUUGAAGCGAAUCAGUCGGCUUUCAGAAUGAUCCCAACAGAGCAUGUUGCGGUACAAAUAGAAAACGAGGCGGAGCAUGCAGAGAUUGAACGACUUCGGUCUGAUCUGCAAAGAGCAGGAACAAAGAAUCGCAGAGUGGCCACAUCAUUUUAUCUCGCGUCCACUCCGUUGCCGUCGUUGGUCACCCUUCUGUCACGUCGCUUGAGCGCACUGCGACAUCGUCCAUCGCGUGCUGUACUGCCUCUUUUCCGGUACGCAAUGGUUGCUUACGCGGUCGCGCUUCACAUAAUGCUCAUUAAUUGUUGGGUCUUCUCGAUUUGUUCAUGA